AUGCUACGCGAUGUUCUUUCGUCAUUGCUUCUGUCUCUUUCGUUCUCUCUUUCUCUUUCUUUCUCUCUCUCCCCAUUUCCUCUCCCGCUCUCUUCCUUUCACUCUCUCUUUUCUCUCUCUUCCCCUUUCUUUCUUUCUUUCUUUCUUUCUUUCUUUCUUUCUUUCUUUCUUUCUUUCUUUCUUUCUUUCUUUUGUAUGAUAUGUACUAUCAUUUACUACACACAUGAAUCUGAUGUCACAUUUUUGUUUGUAUGUACACUCCUCCUUCUUUCUUUUUGUUGUGGUCCUGGUUACAUUUCUCUCUUUUCUCUCAAUGUUCCAUCUAUUCUUGAAAAAUCACAUUCCUCUGUUUGUCGGACAUUAACAACUGAAAAAUUUUUAAAGAGGUCAGUGAUUAUCAUGGAUUAUAUUAAUAAUCCCAUAUCUUAUUUAUUGCCUUUUUUCCUAAUUCAAAUACUUUCAUCUUUUCCUUUCUCCUCUUAA